UUAAUAUAGUUAUAUUCAUUGUGGUCGUAAACAAUUAAUAGAAAUUCCAAAUUUUACACGUAUAACAAAUACAUUUUAUGAUGAACUUGUUUUAAAUGAUAAUCAAAUUAUUGAAAUACAUAAAAAUGCAUUUCAAGGUUUACGUGUUAAACGUUUAAAUUUAUCUGGUAAUAAAAUUCGUUUUAUAUCAUCACAAGCAUUUAUUGAAUUAUCAAAUUAUCUUGAAGAAUUAAUUAUUGAAUUUGAUUCAAAUUAUAUAAAUGAUAUUCCAAAUGCAAUAAAAAUGAAUUUAAUUAAUUUACAUUCAUUAAAAUUAAUUAAUUUAAAUUUAAUUGAAAUAAAAAAUCAUACAUUUAUUAAAUUUCGUAAAUUAGAACAAUUAUCAAUAAUAAAAUCUCAUAUAAAAUCAAUUGAAUCUGAUGGUUUUAUAUCAUUAAUUAAUUUACAUUAUUUAAAUUUAGAACAAAAUUUUUUAAAUGAUUCAUCAUGGAAUUCAUUAAUAAAAUAUUUACCAAAUUUAGAAAUAUUAUAUUUAAGUCAAAAUAAUUUUAAUUAUCUUAAAAAAAUACAUUUAAAAUAUUUAAAAAUUCUUGAUUUAUCAUCAAAUGGUUUACAAUAUAUUGAUAGAAAUAUAUUUCAUUCAUUAGAAAAACUUUAUUUACAAAAUAAUGAAAUUAAUUCAUUACAAUUAACAUUUUUAUAUUCAUUAAAAAAUUUAAAAGAAUUAAAUUUAGAUUUUAAUCGUUUAACAUUUUUACCUGAAAAAAUUUUUCAAAUUAAUUUUAAUUUAAUUUAUUUAUCAUUACAAGGAAAUGAUUUAAAUUAUUUAACAAAUUAUUCAUUUUAUGGUUUAAAUAAUUUAAUACAUUUAAAUUUAGCACGUAAUCGUUUACAAUUUUUAUUAAAUCAACAACCAUUUCAAUAUUUAAAUUCAUUAAAAAUAUUAAAUCUUGAUAGAAAUUUACAAAUGAAUAUAACAAAAAAUAUUUUAAAAGAUUUAUCAAAAACUUUAAUUGAAUUAUCAUUACAAAAUUGUAAUUUAACAAAAAUAAAUUUUUCAUUAAAUUUUUUCUAUUCUCUUCAACGUUUAAAAUUAUCAUCAAAUUAUUUAAAAGAAUUACCAAAAAAUUUUUUAAAUUAUUCUAUUUUAUCAAUUGAUUUACAAAGAAAUUUAUUUACAUUUAUACCUAAUUUAUUUGAAUAUAAUUCAUCAAAUUUAAUUGAUCUUGAUCUUAGUUCAAAUCAAAUAUCAUAUUUAAAUCAAUAUGAUUUAUUAAAAUAUUCAAAUUUAAAAACAAUUGGUCUUACAGCAAAUCCAUUAGAUUGUAAUUGUCAUUUACAAUGGAUUAAACAAUGGUUAAAAGAUAAUUAUGAACAAGAUUUAAUUAAAUUUUUACAAUGGACAUGUGCAAAACCAAAAUAUCUUUUUGGUAAACAAUUAACAAUUAUUAAUGAACAUGAUAUGAUAUGUAAUGAAAAUGAAAUUAUUGAACAAGAAACAACAAUAGAAUCAACAUUAAUAUCAAUAUUAUCAUCGACUAAUAUUCCAUUAACAUCAAUAAAAACUAAUAUUAUUCAUAAUUCAACAAUUGAAUCAUCAUUAAACGAAUUAAUAAUUAAAGAUAUUACAUAUAAUUCAAGUGGUAUAUUAAUUAUCUCAUGGGAAUAUAUGUUAUCACAAUUACCAAAAUAUUAUUAUAUACAAAUUUAUGAUAAAAAUCAUCAACAUAUGAUAUAUCAACGUUUAAUUGAUGGUCAACAACAAUCAAUUGAAAUAGAUAUAUCAGAUUAUAUUGAAAAAUCAUCACCAUUUUAUAUUGUUUGUAUUAAUAUUGAACAUAAAAAAUAUUGUCGAAAUAUUUUUUUAAAAUUAAAUACAAAUUUAAUUAAAUCAUCUUCACUUAUUUUAACAUCAAAUAAACAAGAAAAUGAACAAUUUAUUUAUCUUUUAGGUGGAAUUCUUCUUGGAGCUAUUCUAGUCUGUUCAAUAUUAAUAAUUAUUUGUUAUUAUCGUCUUCAUUAUUAUUCAAAAGAAAAUUUUUCACAAAUAUCAUCAAUUAAUUCUGAUGAAAUUAAAUCUUUAAAAACAAUUUAUUAUCAUCCAUUAAAUAUAAUUAGUUAUCCACAACAACAAAGUAAUAAUACUAGUGAAUGUUCAUUACAUUCAUCUAUUGAAACAAAUCAUUUAACUAAUGAUUCUUAUCAUAUAUAUCAACAAAUACCAUCUGUACAUAAUUGUCAAUUACAUCUAACAAAGACACAUAUUCUAAUUUGA